CACCCUAGGAUGCCCUCUGUGAAGGCCUGGGAUCGGGCCAUGGCCCCCAGGGCCCGCUGCUCCCCAGCAGCCGUGCGGCGGUGUCUGCCCAUCCUGGCCUGGCUGCCCAGCUACUCUGCGCGGUGGCUGAGGAUGGACCUCAUCGCCGGGCUCUCCGUGGGGCUCACGGUCAUCCCCCAGGCGCUGGCCUAUGCCGAAGUGGCCGGACUCCCGCCCCAGUACGGCCUCUACUCUGCCUUCAUGGGAUGCUUCGUGUACCUCUUCCUGGGCACCUCCCGUGAUGUGACUCUGGGCCCCACGGCCAUCAUGUCCCUGCUGGUGUCCUUCUAUACCGUCCACGAGCCCGCCUACGCCGUGCUGCUGGCCUUCCUGUCCGGCUGCAUCCAGCUGGCCAUGGGCUUCCUGCGACUGGGGUUUCUGCUCGACUUCAUCUCCUGCCCGGUCAUUAAAGGCUUCACCUCUGCUGCUGCUGUCACCAUUGGCUUCGGGCAGGUUAAGAACCUUCUGGGACUACAGAACAUCCCCAGGCAGUUUCUCCUGCAGGUGUAUCACAUCUUCCUCAGCAUUGGAGACACCAGGGUGGGCGACGCCGUCCUGGGUCUGGUGUGCAUGGUGCUGCUGCUCCUGCUGAAGCUGAUGCGGGACCACACACCUCCCGUCCACCCCGAGAUGCCCCUCGGGGCGCGGCUCAGCCACGGGCUGGUGUGGACGGCCACCACAGCCCGCAAUGCCCUGGUGGUCUCCUUCGCGGCUCUGGUGGCAUACGCCUUCGAGGAGACGGGAUCCCAGCCUUUCACGCUAACUGGAGCCAUAGCCGGGGGCCUCCCUCCCGUGCGGAUCCCUCCUUUCUCCGUGACUACAGCCAACAGGACAGUCUCUUUCACCCAGAUGGUGCAGGACAUGGGGGCUGGGCUGGCUGUGGUGCCCCUCAUGGGCCUCCUGGAGAGCCUUGCUGUGGCCAAAGCCUUUGGUCUCACCAACACGCUGGGCUCCCUCGUCUCGUCCUACCCCGUCACAGGCAGCUUUGGGCGGACAGCCGUGAACGCGCAGUCGGGAGUGUGCACCCCAGCAGGGGGGCUGGUGACUGGUGUGCUGGUGCUGCUCUCCCUGAGCUACCUGACGUCACUGUUCUCCUUCAUCCCCAAGUCUGCCCUGGCCGCCGUCAUCAUCACGGCCGUGGCCCCGCUCUUCGACACCAAGAUCUUCAGGACACUUUGGCGCGUUAAGAGGCUGGACCUGCUGCCCCUCGGCGUGACCUUCCUGCUGAGCUUCUGGGAAGUCCAGUACGGCAUCCUGGCCGGCGCGCUGGUGUCCCUGCUGAUGCUCCUGCACUCCGCAGCCAGGCCCGAGACCCAGGUGCGUGAGGGGCCGGUGCUGGUCCUGCAGCCGGCCAGCGGGUUGCACUUCCCCGCGGUUGAGGCCCUGCGCGAGGCCAUCGCGAGGCCGGCUCUGGAAGUGUGUCCCCCUCGCAGCGCGAUCCUGGCGUGCAGCCACGUCUGCAGCGUCGACUACACCGUGGUGCUGGGGCUGGGCCAGCUCCUGGAGGACUUCCACAAGCACGGCGUGCGCCUGGUGUUUGUCGGCCUGCGGGUGCCCGUGCUCCGCGCCCUGCUGGCCGCUGACCUGAAGGGCUUCCAGUGCUUCUCCACCCUGGAGGAGGCAGAGAAAUACCUGAUGCAGGACCUGGGACUGGAGCCCUAUGACAUCUGCGAGGACUCAGACCCGGACCCCGAGCGCACCGCCACCGAGCACACCGCCACCCUGCUGCAGGCCUAGUUGGGCCUUCGAGGGGCAGCUGGUGUGGGAGGAGCCUCCACAAAGUUCCGUCCCUGUGGUCUGGUGCCAGACACUGCCCCGCGGGACACACACUGGGGAAAAGAUGCUCAGAGGACCCUGGGAGGCACAGGGCCGUGCAGGGGCCCCGCUAUGCCUCUGGUGUCCUUGGGGCAGAUUACAGUCACCUCCCUGCUGCCGGCUGCACGGUUCUUCCAGGGAAGUAGCACCUCCCAGAGGAGGCGGGCAGCAGGGUACGGGAAGGAAGAGGGGGCCCCCCGGCCCCAGCGCCCCCCCCCCCAUCCCCAGCUCUGGAAGAGCAGAGGAGGCAGGCGCCGUAGACAUGCCUGCGGGGUAUUCUGAGUUGGGACAGGAGAGAAAACC